CUACAAUAGAACAUCACUGCUGAUAGAGGGUUCUCGGACAGGGUCUCCAGUUCGCGUUCGGUAGUCAUAAGAGUUGGUUGUAUGUCCGUACAAACGUGGUGACUGGUGUUUAAAAGAUAAAGAGUAUUAACCCACUUAAAGAAUUAUAAGUUUAACCCCAAACAUGUUAUUUUGAAAAAUAAAUAUUUAAAAAAAUAUAUGUGGGAAUAAAAUCAAUUGAGAAGUUUGUUCAAAAGUUGUGACAACGUGAACCGUGUGUGAUUAAUUUUCAAUUUUCCCUUUCUAAUAUCUCUUACUAAAAAAAUAUCAGAAUAUAUUUAAAUCUGUUAUUAUAAUCAGAUAAAUUGAAUGUAUUCAAAGUGUCUGCGAUUUUUUGUGAUUUAGCGGUUCUGCUCAAUAUGAACGAUAUUUUUAAGCAAUUUAUUGGAUAAUUUUUAUCUUCUUCAACAAAUAUUCAAGUUGUUGAUGGAUUUGACCUACCAAAAUAUCUAGAAAGUUGAAUUUGCAGGGAAAUAGAAGAACUUGAACUUUGAUCUUCAAGACAAUCAACAACAUAUUAUCAUUUUUUCAAAAGAGUUGUAUAUAAUGGUACGAGUUUUCUUCUGUUCAAUGAUUUUGCUCUAAUACAAAUAUGGAGAAAACAAUGUUUUUAAAACGCGCUCUAGAGUGAAUUUAUUAAUUUGUACUUCUUAUGAGAAUAUUAAAUUGUCAAAAACAAAAGGAAACUAUCGAACGUACAUAUAAGAUGGCAAGGAACCUGCUAACAAUAAACACACUCGGUUAUUUAUUCGCCUGUAUGCACUUCACAGGAAACGGAAUAAAUUGUUUCCAGAGAUUUUCUGAGCAACCAAAGUAUACAGAAGUAAAUCCAAGCCAGGACGCACUAUUAACAUGCAAAGUUAUUGAUAAAAGAGGGACAUGCUCCUGGCAAAAAGAUAACAAGCCCGUAGGCAUUUAUCCAAAGAAGUACGAAUGGGCAGCACUACCUUCCACCGGAAGUUUGCAUAUGGAUUUGCAACCUCCUCUUCAUAAAGGGGGCGAUUGUUCACUGUGGAUACGUUCGGCUACGUUGGAUUUUGAUGAUGGCCUUUGGGAGUGUCAGGUAACAGCGAGUGACUUUACAACCCAAGAUGCCCUCACAAGUCAUCCAGUGCGAUUAGUUGUCCGAGUGGCACCACAACGACCACGGCUAGAACAUGAGGGUGCUCAUGUCCCGCCAGGGCAUAAUAUCACAGUGGACUCGGGUGCUAUGGCAACCGUGAAAUGUGUAUCGCAUUAUGGUAAUCCACCAGCUACACUUAAAUGGUUCCUAGGUGAGCGAGAGCUAAUGCCUCUAGGUCCUCAAGUUAAUUCUACUGAACCAGACAACCUUAGGACAUGGGCUGCUUCGUCGGUUGUACAGGUGUCAGCGAUUCGUGAACGAUAUGGUGAAAUGCUAAGAUGUGUAGCAUUUCAUGAAUCUUACUCAGCAAAGUCGGUGACAGUUGAGGCGAGGAUGGAUAUAAAAUAUGCUCCAACUAUACAACUUAUUGGGUCCCCUGAAAUUGAUUUGGAAGAGGAUAAAGAUGCUUUGGUAUUGCGAUGUGUGGCAGAUGCAAAUCCCCCAGCAAGUGUGGUCUGGCGGAGAGCGGGCCGCUCGGAAAUUUCAAGUUUACAGGAAUCCUUACAGCUUCGUCCUGUGGGAAGACGUGAUGCUGGUCUUUACACGUGUCAAGCACAGAACUCUGUUGGAACAUCAGAACAAUUAUCUGUGCAACUUGACGUUAAAUUUCCACCAAAAGUUUUAUCCGCUGGUCCAGAUCGUAUAACAACAGCACCACUCUUCAGUCCGGCUGCUUUUGAAUGUGUCGCUGAGGGUAAUCCACCGCCAACUUAUAAAUGGUUUCAGAGGAUCACCAAUGUUUCAAACUAUCUUCAAAGAGGCAGUGAGGCACGGCUAGUUAUUGACAAUGUAACUUACGACUAUCAGGGUGAAUACGAAUGCCGAGCAACAAGCUAUAUAAAUGGCCAAGAACGGACAGCCAUAUCGGAGCCAGUAUCCUUACAGGUUGUAGGAGCACCACAGGUUCUGCGACUGAAUCCAUCUAUGCAUUCGAUUUCUGUAAAAAAAGGUGAAUCUGCUAGCCUAUCUUUGGUAGUUUGUGCUGAUCCAAGACCUUACCGAGUCGCUUGGGAAUGGGGUUCAUUGCGAUUAGAAGCUGGAGCGGGAGCUGCGGACCGAUUUCAUGCCGAUGAUGUUGUACAGGACUCUCGAGAAGAUUGUUAUUUGGCAACAUUACAUAUUACAAAAACAGAUGAGUACGACUCAAGGCCUUAUUACUUGGUUGUGGAAAAUGAACGAGGUAUCGAUCGACACGCCAUUCAUUUGAACGUGGAGGGUACGUUCGCAGAACCCUUGGAGAUGAGCUACUUAAUGGGCAUAGCUGGAGGUUGCUUAGCAGCAGCAUUAAUUUUAAUCUGCUUGUGUAUAUACGCGGUUCGGGAGAAACAAUGCUGUUUCAAAGGAGGUUCUGGCUAUAAAUCAUCAGAUAAAGACAGUGAGAAAGCUGACUUAAAAUCCCGAUCAGACAGCACAAGUGGGCCUCAUGGUGAUUCAAUUUAUACAACUCCCGCGGGUUUUCAUCAUCAAAACCACCAGCAACAUCCUAGUCACCAUGGAUCACCUGAUGCAAUGAAGAACUAUACAAAUAAAUGUAACUUUGUUCAAAUUUUGCUAUGACAACAAAUUAAAUUUUCAUUCGAAUUCAAAUAUCCCAAAACAGCUGAUAUUUCGUUGGUCCAUUUAUAUAGAUGAUUCACCCUCAUUGGGAUUAUAUUUUACAAGACAAAUGUGUCGCUCAAAGCCUUAUCCCUGUACCGCAUAUGUGAAUCCUUCUGACAAGAUUUUUAGAGGAAACAGCUAUUAGGGUCAAUAUAGAUUAUACAGCAAAUGCAAUAAUUGUUUCUGCAAAGUGAACAAUCUCACUGGCCAGUUAUCAUAAUGUAAUUACUUUAAGUGUAACAUUCUUGCAAAUUAACUUCAAACAUUUGAAAGAAAAUUAGAAUUUAAUAAAAAUGUAUGUAAAUAUGCUAUACGGAUAAACUUGGAAAACAUUUUUGAAAACAAAUUUCAUAAACAAGAAAGUCAAAAAUUCUUUAAGAAAAUUAGAUCUAAAACAUAUACCAAAAUUGUGGCUGUGCAGAACAAAGAAUCAAUUUAGCCUAGAAAUUUUACUACAACUUCAUUAUGUCUUUAUUCAAACAAAGUUCACUAAAACUGCGUGAUUUUCUGCAAAACGAUAACCAUGUAGAGAAAUAAAAUAAUUAUAAAAGAACACACAACCAAAGAUUGAGCACAUGACACAUUUUUUAUUUGUUUUUAGUCAUUCACCUAUAUAAAAGAAAAAUGUAUAAAUGAUCUGCUAGAAGUUAACGUAAGAAUAUGAUUUGUGCAAAAUAAACUGCCAAAACAGCCUUGAGUAAAUAUAGUUAGAUUACUAUUUUCUUGAACGAUUCCCUUUUUAAAAUUUUCUUUCAUUUUUGUUAAAGGCUUACUUAAGCUAAGUUGUCUGAUGUACUUAUGAUUUUCCUCUUUCUAGCUGAUUACUACUGCGUUGUUAGGUUCAGCAUUUCAAAAAAAAAAACUCAAUAGUAUUUCUGAACAAUAAACAUGAGUAGUUAUUUAAAAAUCAUCUUCAUAAUCAAUGAUUGUUUGAUUUAUUAUUUCUUUUCAUUUUUGUAAACUCGUAUGAUAUCAUUCAUCAUUCUAUUACAAGUUUUGUGUAUUUUCUAAUAUAUGUAUCUUAUUAUUUACUUUGAACUUUAUAUAUGGUUGUGCGACAAUAUACUAGUAAUACACAAAGACUUUUGAACAACCAUGAAAAAAGGAAACAAACAAAUUGAACGGUUUCUGUGUGUUGUUGUCUGCAUUCUUUGCCUAAAACGAAGUGAAGCGCAAAAAAUCGAAUAAAGAAAUUAUAUUAAAAUAACGAAUAUCUUUUCUAUUGAAUUAGUUCUUAACUUUAUUUAUAUUUCAUUAAAAAUAAUAAUUUCAGAGGUUUAUUUCUUUUAAAUAUUUUUUUUCAUUUAUUAUUUUACUCAUGUGCAUAUGAAAAAUUUAUGUUAUAUAGUAUUUCCUAAAAUAUAUCUUUAUAGCCAACCCAAAGAGAAUGUUUUUGAUUAUAUUAAAUUUUUUGUUCAGCUAAAAUUAAGAGAUCAUUUUUCCGGAAAAUCCCUGUAUUUUUAAUUAAUUUAGUGCUUUCAUACAAAAAAAUAGUGCGUUUUAUAAUUUAUAUGUAAGAAAUCAAAAUUUUACCUUCAUUUUUUUAAAAAAUAUAAUAUAAUAUGCAAUUGAAAAUUAAAAGUUUUAAGGAAAAUAUAAUAUACAUAAUUAUGACUUGGGAAUGUGUGUUUUAUUUACUUCGUUGUUCUUUAGUUUGUCUGUUAUGCGUGCAAGUAUUAAAGAACACGUUCUUACAUUUUUAUACAGAGAUAAAUUAUUUCUGUUUACAAUUACAUGUCCUUUAAAAAAACAUAUGUGUCGUUUUUCUUUGUAAAUGCAUUAAGCCCGGUAUGAAUAUGUAAUAAGUUUUUAUUAAUUUAAUUUCUUAAAUUUAGUUGUUUAAGAAAUUAAAACAAAUUAUUAUAAACAAAAUAUGAACUACGCAUUGGUAUUCUAUAAAACAUCAAGAUAGUCAAUUAUUUCUCUAUUUUGUAUUACGGUUAUGAUAUGAACAUUUAUAAUAAGAUAAUCCUUGUCAUGUUUUAAUGUUAAAAGCCAAACUUUAUCAAAAAUUGAAGAUACUUCGUAUCUAUAAAUAUUUUAUUUUACUUUGACGAAGCUUAAAAAUAUUUCUAAAAUAAAUUGUAUUUUAUUUGUCUGU